CACAAGUCUGUCUUAUUAAUAUUGUUUUAGAUUGUACUACUCGUCCUCACUUCCAUUACUUCUGAUCCCAAACAUGAAGUUUGCUGUCUUUGCCUCUCUCACCGCAACAGCGGCUGCCUUUGCACCGACAGCGUUCGUGCCGUCGAACCUGCGCGGUGUGGCCCCGUCCGCGAGUAGCCUGAACAUGGCUCUCAAGGAGGGACAGACACCCAUCAUUAUCGGUGUAGCGGCCGAUUCGGGCUGCGGAAAGUCCACUUUCAUGCGUCGUCUAACCAACAUCUUUGGCGGGGACGUCGUCGGCCCCCUCGGCGGUGGAUUCGACAAGGGUAGCUGGGAAACCAACACGCUCGUCUCGGACUUGACGACCGUCAUCUGUCUAGACGACUACCAUCUCAACGACCGCGCCGGACGGAAGGUUACCAUGCGAACUGCCCUCGACCCGGAAGAAAACAACUUUGACCUCAUGUACGAACAGGUCAAGGCACUCAAGGACGGCAAGACGGUCGAAAAGCCCAUCUACAAUCACGUCAACGGUACCCUCGAUACACCCGAAACAAUCGAACCGACUCCCAUCAUCAUCUUUGAGGGUCUACACCCCAUGCACGACAAGCGUGUCCUCGAUUUGCUCGACUUCUCUCUCUACCUCGAUAUUUCCGACGAUGUCAAGCUCAACUGGAAGGUGCAGCGUGACAUGGAAGAGCGUGGUCACUCCAUGGAAUCGAUCUUGGCCUCCAUCGAAGCCCGCAAGCCCGAUUUCGACGCAUACAUUGACCCCCAGAAGCAGCUCGCCGACCUUAUCAUUGAAGUUCUCCCCACUCGACUCGACCAGGACGACAAGAAGACUCUCCGUGUCCGGUGCAUCCAGAAGGAAGGCGUGGAAAACUUCGACCCCUGCUUCCUCUUUGACGAGGGAUCCUCGAUCGAAUGGACCCCCGCUCCCACCAAACUCUCCAGCCCCGCCCCCGGAAUCAAGCUCGCAUACUACCCCGAAGAAUUCUUCGGCAAGGACGCUCAGGUCCUCGAAAUGGACGGAAACUUUGACAACAUCCAGGAGCUUGUCUACGUGGAAUCCGCCUUGAGCAACACCAAGACCAAGUUUUACGGAGAAAUGACCCAGGCCAUGCUCGCCCUGGCUACCGCCCCCGGAUCCAACAAUGGUACCGGUCUUAUGCAAACGCUCGCCGCCUUUGCUAUCCGGGACAUUUACGAAAAGAAGACGGCCGCCGCCAAGGCCAAGGCCGGUGUUUCUGCGGCCGCCGCCUAAAGCACAACCCGCUGGAGAGACCUACCUAGUUUACCUUCUAGUAGAAAAUGCCUUGUUUCCGUUUU